AUGCCAUCACCAUCAAACCAAAGAAGCGGCGUCGAGCCCCCGGAAGAAAUUACCUGGGUCGCCGCUCAGGGCUUCAUGACUGGCGUGUUCCGCUUUGGCUCCGUCUCCAUUCUGGCCCAUAUGAUUAUGGCUCUCCCUCAUCCCUUCGUCUUCUCCGCACCAAGUCCGCCCGCACACCCAACGGCCCAACCCCGUCCGCGUCCAUCCAUCUUCUCCCGCGACUAUCUCCGGUCUCGUCUCUUCCACCGCCCGCUCGAGGGCUUCUCAAGCUGGAUAUCCCCGGGCUCCCGCGUUUACCGUGGUCUGACGCCGCAGUUCAAGGUGUUCUUACAAGUCGCGGCCAUGACUCUGGGCGGUUGUAUAUGGCAGGAGAAGCGCGUUACGGAAUACAUCGAGCUGGUCAGAAAGCUCAAGCGGGCGGAGCGGGUAGAGGCUGAGAGGGCGGAGGGCAGUCGGCGAUACUGA